UUCUGAACAAAAUUGUAAUUUGUGUCUGCAAUAGUGAUGGUCGGGAGUUAGAAAAGCCGAAAGUCGAGACUGAGAAUCAACCCCGAGACCGAGAGAUUAAGAGGUAUAUCAUUAGAUGCCUCUCAUAAUCCCCAAAAUCCCUUGAAUCCCCAAAUCAAAUACACCUCUUACUCCCUAAAUCUCUCGAUAUCCAGCAUAGUCCACUGACACAAACGGCCAUAACUUUGUUGAUUUACCUAAGCCAGAUUUCGUUGGUGUUUGGCUUGCGUAUAAAUGGAUAAUUGGCGAAUAAAUUGGCCAACAAUGUCCCGCGAAUAAAUGGGGUGUCUGCCUAAACUGCGCAAGUUCCAGUUUUUCUUUCACGUUCCUUUUUGUUACAUUUGCUAGAUUUUUAAAGAAGAAUAUGUCAUAUGAUAUUGAAGAAACCAUAAAAAGGAUUCAAUCACAAAAAGGCGUUGUUGGUGUAAUUAUUAUGGAUAAUAUUGGAAGAGCAAUUCGUUCAACUUUGGAUGAUGAAACUACAAAUCAACAUUCAUUAUUACUUCAUCAAUUAUGUGAUAAAUCAAAAAAUACUGUGAAAGAAAUGGAUGCUUCUAAUGAUUUGACUUUUUUGCGUCUUCGAACGAAGAAAAAUGAAAUUUUGGUUGCCCCAGAUAAAGAGUAUAUGAUUGCGGUUAUUUACAAGGCUCCUGCUUAG